UCCUUCUUAUUACAAGAUUUCACCUUUAUAUUUCUGACACGAAACCGGAGAUUGAGAACCGAAGAGAGAAGAAAGGAGACCUGAGCGUCUAUUCAGGUAUGGAGAAUUUGCCAAUAGACGUGAUUCAAUGCAUACUAACCCGAGUGGAAGCUGCACGAGACGUGGUAAUGGUGUGUGUUACUUCUCGGAGUUGGCAACAAGCCUUCCGUACCCACCAUUCCCUUCAUUUCAUUUACGACAACUGGGCAGGUUACCGUUCGCUUCAUCCCCAUCAACUCGAGAUGUAUAUAGAUCAGGCCGUGCGUCAAACUGUGGGGUUACGGUCCCUGUCAAUUGUUAUGGAUGCCAAUCAUGCUGGAUUCACCGCAGAUUCAGUGACGUCAUGGCUCUCACAUACCAGAGAGACAUUGCGUCAUCUGUUGUACGGUGUUCGGACAGCAUAUGCCGACAUCAUGCGGGACUGCAACUCUAAGAAGUUGGAACUCUUGUUUGUGGCCUAUCAUUCUCCAAAAAUUACAUCCAUUACUGGUAUAUUUGAACGCCUGCAUACCCUAUCCUUGGCGUGUCUCACCAUUUCAGCCAUAGAUUUGGCUGGGUUGGUCAUGGCUUGCCCAGUUUUGAAGAAUCUUUCACUCAUCUCCUUGCAGGUCACGGGCUCAGAUUAUGCGAGUUUGGCGAUCCCCACAGUACAUAGUUUACAUAUAGAACUUAUGAAGUUCAAUCUUGAAUUAAAAAUGGUUGGUAAUCUAGAGAACUUGUAUUUUAAGAGUUCGUUCAUAGAAAAUGUCGGGGUGUUUGGCACCAACCACUUGAGAAAAGUUGACAUUGAAGAUUGUACAGGCCUACUAUUCAUCAACGACAUAGCUUACUCAGCUUCGAAAUUUGCAUACAUCUGUUCUGCUUAUGACAUUCUACUAGACGAUGGAUUGGGCAUGCUCUGCGUGUCAGGUGGACUUACAAGCUUUCGCAUUUGGGAUGUCAAGUUUUCCGAUGAUAUUGUUUAUCCUCUUGAGACAUUUGAUGAAAUGAUACCUCAAUUACGUCAUCUUUCUUUAAGAUGCAGAUUGAAUAAUGAGUGGGUUGACGCGUUCUCACAGCAAUGUCCUUAUUUCAAGAAUUUGAUGGAACUGGAAUUAGGUUGGAUUAACAUGGACUAUGUUUUCACUUCAUGGGUGAGGUUGCUCGUUGGAAGAUGCCUCAAGCUGGAGAAACUAGUCAUCAUUGGAAAGCUUUCCGAUCGUCCAAUGUCUGCUGAGUACGUGGAUUAUUUGAAAUCAUCCAUUUUUCAAAUGAGCGGAAGAUGUCAUCUCCAUGUGGAAGUCCGAUUCGAAUGA